CAAAAGAGCUGGAAUGAGCGAGAGCCACAAGAGCCAGGAAAAGAGCGCUUCGCCCUUCAAUCUCCGAUCUGGAUACGCCACAUUGAAAAAUACAGAUUAUUAACGUUAUUAACAAACUAAACCUGAGGUGCGACACUGAGCUUUAGCGACUGAACAAUUUCACGGAUCUUCAUCGCAACCCAUCGCAGCCCAAGACCUAUCAACACAAAAAAUUUAUUUGGGAACAGCAGAUUAUUAUCUAAUUGGCCAGUGUCCAGAAUCACACCAUACAUACACCAGUGAUACAUCUUAAAACAGAAUAAAAUGAAUAUCUUACCUCACAAAAGCUGGCAUGUUCGGACUAAGAAGAAUAUUGCUCGAGUCAGAAAGGACGAAGCUAAAGCAGCAGAAGAGAAGAAAGAAGAACAAAGGCGAAUCUUACUAGCUGAGCAAGAGGCGCGGACAGAUGUUCUUCGAUGUAGAGCCAGAGAGAGAUAUGAUGGGCGUCCAGAGACGUCAGAAGAUACUAACGAAGCUGCUUCAGCAACAAGUUUUAAACCUGCUCAUGUCAACUUUUUUGAAGAGCUUGAAAGUGGCCCCUCAAAAACUUCAGGUACAAAUGCAGAGCAUGAAAAGGAGGCCAAAGAAGAGCGUGAAAAAUAUGAGAAAAGUGUUGGAUACUUGACUUAUCUUGGUCAAGAUACAGUCGAGACAACUGGAAUAAAACCUUGGUAUGAUAAGAGGCCUGCAAGACUUGAUGAAAGUGAACUGGAUGAGAGCAGAAGCAGCAAGCGCAAGAAAAUUGAAGAGGACCCGCUGCGGAUAUUUGCUGCGUUCUCUGGAAUCAAGAAGCCAGAAUUCAAGGAAAGAGAGAUUGAGUUCCGAAAACAGAAUGACACCAGUGUAAUUAAAAAUACAAUACAUGCUGAGCUCGGUGUCAAAAAGGUGAAGAAGAAUGUCAAGGAGGAAAAAGAACGGCGUCUCAAGAAAAAGGAGAAAAAGAGCAAAAAGUCAAAGAAGGAAAAGAAGAAAAGACGGCAUUCAAAAGAUGACGAUAGUGACAGUCCCAAGGCCCAACCAGUUUCUAUUGAGAAGCUUCGGGCAGAGCGACUGGCACGUGAGCAGGCUGAGAAAGCUAGAGCAGCUGCCUUGUUGGCCAAAAUCAAUGGAACACCUCUGCCUGAAGAGCCAAAGCCAAAGAAAGCUGAGACUAACCAAAUCAAACAGAAAUACAACUCCCAAUUCAACCCACACAUUGCUAGGCAAAAUUUUGAAGAGACUGAUCCCUGGAAUAAUCAACCAUGGAACCGAAGAUGACAUUAAAUACUGAUAUUUGAAAGAGAA